CUCGCCUGCCGGGCUGGCCCUCCCCGAGUCAGUUCCGCGGUAGAGGUGACCUGAUUCCUUGCAGCUGGUUUUUGCAGGUGCUGAAAUUACCUGCGCAGUUCUCAAUCAUGACUGAACCAAUCAGAGUCCUUGUGACUGGAGCAGCUGGUCAAAUUGCAUAUUCACUGCUAUAUAGUAUUGGAAAUGGAUCUGUCUUUGGUAAAGACCAGCCUAUAAUUCUUCUUCUAUUGGAUAUCACCCCCAUGAUGGGUGUCCUGGAUGGUGUCCUAAUGGAGCUGCAAGACUGUGCCCUUCCACUCCUGAAAGAUGUCAUCACAACAGACAAAGAAGAAGUUGCCUUCAAAGAUCUGGAUGUGGCCAUUCUUGUGGGCUCCAUGCCAAGAAGAGAAGGCAUGGAGAGGAAAGAUUUACUGAAAGCAAAUGUGAAAAUCUUCAAAAGCCAGGGUGCGGCCUUGGAUAAAUAUGCCAAGAAGUCAGUUAAGGUUAUUGUGGUGGGAAACCCAGCAAACACCAACUGCCUGACUGCCUCCAAGUCAGCACCGUCCAUCCCCAAGGAGAACUUCAGUUGCUUGACUCGUUUGGAUCACAACCGAGCUAAAUCUCAGAUUGCACUUAAACUUGGUGUGACUGCUGAUGAUGUAAAGAAUGUCAUCAUCUGGGGAAACCAUUCAUCAACUCAGUAUCCAGAUGUCAAUCAUGCCAAGGUGAAAUUACAAGGAAAGGAAGUUGGUGUUUAUGAAGCUCUGAAAGAUGACAGCUGGCUCAAAGGAGAAUUCAUCACGACCGUGCAGCAGCGUGGUGCUGCUGUCAUCAAGGCUCGGAAACUCUCCAGUGCAAUGUCUGCUGCGAAAGCCAUCGCUGACCACGUCAGAGACAUCUGGUUUGGAACUCCAGAGGGAGAGUUUGUGUCCAUGGGUGUCAUCUCUGAUGGCAACUCCUAUGGUAUUCCAGACGAUCUGCUCUAUUCAUUCCCUGUUGUAAUCAAGAAUAAGACCUGGAAGUUUGUUGAAGGUCUUCCCAUUAAUGAUUUCUCCCGUGAGAAGAUGGAUCUUACUGCAAAGGAACUGGCAGAAGAAAAAGAAACUGCUUUUGAAUUUCUUUCCUCAGCCUGACUAGGCCAUCAUUUUGAUGUUACUAAAUGCCCCAAAACUGAAGAAUCUAAAUGUCGUCUUUGACUCUAGUACCAAAUAAUAAUAAUGCUAUACUUAAAUUACUUGCGAAAACCAACACAUUUUAAAGAUCAUGUGCUUCUUGGUACAGAUUUGUGAGUGAAAAUCCAUCAUCAUGCUGUUAGCACUACAUUCUAAAUAAAAAUAUAUAUUCAAAUGAAA